GAUGAAAGCAAGAAUAACUUUACGUUUUAUUUAAAAACUAGUGGCGUUUAUUUUUCUAAUACGUCUGUAUACAUUAUACAUAUUUAGUUAAACUAUUCUUUGAAAUACGCAUUUCAAAUUUCAGUUAUUAAUGGAUUGGUGUAUUAAUUUUCUGUAGAUAUUCAGGCGCGGAGGUGAAUAGAUCUUCUUUUUUUUUUUUUAUAUGUAUGGUGCAGAUUACGGUAUAAAGAAAAUAAACAACACAUCGUAUAGAUCUAAGAAGCUACCACAAACGCCAUGUGUGGUGGUGUUGUUUUUUUCAUGUGUUUAUAUUAUGUUAAUAACUAUGCAACAGUCAGUAUUUUGUCAGCUGAUCUGCAAGCUUAUUUCCCCCCUCUAGAAUGCGAACAUGGAUAUGCAUCGAUAUGUCCUUCUGGUCAGAACUCAAAUUAUCAAAGACAGCGAAAAUUCAGGAAUAAAAAAAAUACCAGCAGUGAUAUCAGGUCUACUCACAAUGAAUUAGAAAAGAACAGACGAGCACAUCUCCGACUAUGUUUGGAGCGACUUAAGGCACUUAUACCACUGGGACCAGACUGCAACAGGCACACAACACUGGGGUUACUCAACAAAGCCAAAGCACAUAUUAAGAAACUUGAAGAGACGGACCGUAGGAGUGAGUACCAGCUGGAGACCCUGCAGCGGAAGCAGCGGCACUUACAGAGACAGCUGGAGCAGCUCCAGGGGGUCCAGGACAGGGAGCGGGUACACAUGGCCAGCUCUACCCUGUGCUCUGACCACUCCGAUUCAGAUCGAGAAGAGAUUGAGGUGGACAUAGAAAGCACAGAGUUCUCCCAUGGAGAAAUGGACAGUGUGAGCACAACCAGCACCAGCGACCUCGAUGACCACAGCAGCCUGCAGAGUGUGGCCAGUGAUGAGGGCUACUCCAGCUGCAGCAUUAAGCUUGCCUUCUCCACCUAGAUGCCUGGAGCAGUGGGGGUGUGGGUGGGAGAGAGGGAGCAUUCACAGCACAGGGUUCUACGCAUAUCAGUACCCAUGGGGUUGAGAACUUGAAUCUGCUUCAUGCUUGAUAACACUAUGUAACACAAUUUUUGUUCCUGGGUAGUAAGUGUUAUUUCCUAAUUGCUUAUGCCUCA